CAUUCACCCUUUCUUUCAGAUCGCUGCUAUCUUCAUGAGAGGAAGACUGCAAUAGGGCACUGGAGGAGGAGAAUCAAGAGGAGAAUCAAGAUGCACCAUUUGACAGUCAGGUCACUCUCUGAAGCUCAGCUGUCUCUUCAGCCCUCAGGUCUAGGUGGCUGUGCUGUAGACUCUGUUGCCCUGUGACGUGCUGGUGCGGGGAGUUCCAUAGGGAGGACACUCGAUGCCCUGGAAGCCAGAAAUGGGGUUGGUGUCCUUUGAGGAUAUAGCUGUGGAAUUUACCUGGCAGGAAUGGCAGGACCUGAAUGAAAGUCAGAGGAACCUCUACAGGGAUGUGAUGCUGGAAAACUACAGCAAUUUGCUAUUUUUGGGGCACUGCAAGACCAAACCUGAGUUGAUCUUCAAUUUGGAGCACAGACUUGGGUCAUGGAUUGUAGGAGAAGCCUCAGACCAGAGUAUUCCAGCAGAUGGCCAGAAUGGACUAACAACUAAGAUCUUGUUGUUUGCUGUCUGCAGCAUCUCCUCACUGGCAGAGGUACAUAUGGACGUAAAAUAUUCCCAGGAAAUGAAUACUCUGACCAAGUUCUAUCCAGAAACCAAAGCAAGACAUGUGUGGCAAGUUGUAUUUGACCGUGAUAUAUCAGAGUUGACUGGAGUAGGGAAGGCAUUCAAUGUGAGUGCAAACCAUGUUUCAAAUGAGAAUAUGAAGAAUGAGAACCCACUAGGAAUGAGUCCUAGAAAGCUUAUUCUGUGGAAGAAUGUGUAUAUCCAUAGUGAUGCUGAUGAGCUAGAAGUUGGAGAAGAACUUGAUGAUCUUAUUGGAACUGUAAAAUCCAUCAAAUAUCCAGAACAUGGUAGUCUAUACAAGUCUCAAAGUUCACAGAGUUAUUUUCGAAGUCUUAUACCAGGGAAAUCUUUCAACACAAAAGCAGUAUUACUGACUCAUAAAUUCAGUGAAUAUGCAAAAUCUUUAGGUGAUACAGCAUUUAUUGGCAAAGAGAUGGCUCAGAAAAGGGAGAAAUCUUUUGAAUGUAAUAUAUCAGAGAUUAAGUGUAACAAGUCUGACCUUGAUGAAAAUGAGCAAAUACACUCUGCAGAGAAACAUUUCAAAUGUAGUGACUUUGAGAACCCUUUCAUUACUGAAUCAUAUCUUCUAAAACAUAAGGGACAACAUGCAGGAGAAAAGCUCUUUGUCCAGGAGGAAUAUGAGUUUUCUCAGCCGUCAGAAGUGAGUCUCCAGAAAAUCCACAGAGGGAAAAAGUCCUAUGAAUGUAAAAUAUGUGGAAAGUGCUUUCAUUGGAAAACAAGCUUCAACAGACAUCAUAGUACUCACACUGGUGAGAAGCCCUAUGAAUGUAAGGAAUGUAGGAAAGCUUUCUGCCAAAAGUCACACCUCACUCAGCAUCAGAGAGUUCAUACAGGUGAGAGACCAUAUAUAUGUCUAGAAUGUAGAAAAGCUUUCUAUCGUAAGUCAGAGCUCACUGACCAUCAGAGAAUUCAUACAGGUGAGAAGCCAUAUGAAUGUAAGGAAUGUGGGAAAGCUUUUUGCCAAAAGCCCCAACUCACUCUACAUCAGAGAAUUCAUACAGGUGAGAAGCCCUAUGAGUGUGCAGAAUGUGGGAAAGCCUUUUCCACCAAGUCCUAUUUAACUGUACAUCAGAGAACUCACACAGGUGAGAAACCUUAUGAAUGUACAGUAUGCAGGAAGUCGUUUAUUUGUAAGUCGAGUUUCAGUCAUCAUUGGAGAACUCAUACUGGUGAAAAACCCUAUGAAUGCAAGCAAUGUAUGAAGACAUUCUACCGUAAGUCAGGCCUGACUCGACACCAGAGAACUCACACAGGUGACAAACCUUAUGAAUGUCAAUUAUGUGAGAAAGCUUUUUAUUGCACUUCACACCUCACUGUACACCAGAGAACUCAUACAGGUGAGAAACCCUAUGAAUGUAAGGAAUGUAGGAAAUCUUUCUAUGAUAAGUCAAAUCUUAGACGGCAUCAGAAGAUUCAUACUAUGGAGAAAGCCUGUGAAUGCAAACAGUGUAAUAAAACUUUGCUGAGUAACACUUCUCAACAUCAGACAAUGUACUAUGAAUAUGAAGAAUGCAAGAAAGCUUUCCAACAUAAAACAAACUUUACUUAAACAUCUAACACUUCUUAUAGGUAAGGGAACCUGUGAAUGUAAAGAACAUUGGGAAACAUUUGCCCACAAGUCAGAUCUUACUACAUAGGAGUACCCACAUGAGAGAUUAAACUGUAUGAAUAAACAGUGAAAGAAAACCUUGAUUUAUGCUUGUUUAUCAAAGAACUCACAAUUGACUGAGGCAAGUAGUUUUGCUAGGUACAUAAGUAAUUGCUUUUAAACCAACAUAAACAGAUGCUUUGGUGGAGGGUCACUUGUACUCAGGCAACAGAGGAAGACAUGGCUUAAAAGAAAAUUGGGCAAAAUUUUCUACUUUAGGUUUUCCUGACAUGCUAUCAGAACUCAAUGGUGUGAAACCAAUGAAAAUGAAGAAUUGCCUCAAACUGAAUAGAAUUUGCAACUCGUUACUGGGUGUGUUGGUGCAUGCUUGCAAUCUCAAUACUUGGGAGAUCAAUGAAGGAAGAUCAAGAGUUAAUAGUCCUUGGCUACAGAGCAUGUUCACUCCCAGCCUGUGUUACAUGGGACCUUAAGAACAAAAAACCCAAAUAAUUAAAAAUACAAGAAUUUGGGAAUCUAAUGGCUUCACAAACUCUAUAACUGACAAAGGACAAAAAUACUAUUACAUACCUUAAUGCCAUUUGAAUCAAAUAUGCUAUAGGAGUCCUAAUCAUGUAAGUUUUGUAGAAACGUGGAACUUUGUGGAAAUCAUGUUACUGGACAUCACUUCACUCAAAAGUUAGCCCACUUGAAUUUAAGCAGUUAGGAGAGCUGUGGAUGUAGCUCAGUGGCAGAGUGCUUGAUCACUAUAAAUAUUGCCUUUCUUAGAUUACCUAUUAUGACCUUAAAAGUUUUAUUGUAUUUAUAUGUGCAUACAUUCCAUAUCGAAUAUGUCAGGGUCAGAGGACAAACUCUCCAAAGUUAGUUCUCUCUUACCUGGUGGGUCCUUCGUAUCAAACUUAGAUUGUCAGGCUUGGCAGCAAGUGUUUUUAGCCUCUGUCUGAGCUAUCUACUGCCCUUGUAUUUUAUACUUAUCAAUUUUUGUAAAAUAAGCAGAUCUGGAGUUAUUUCAGUCCAGAAUUCUUUAAUGGGUAAGGACAUUUCUUUGAUCAUUUUAAGUGGAGUUUCCUUAACUUUUAAAUUUGGAGACAAGGUCUUGCUACAAACAUCCUGGUUGAUAUGAAAGUCCUGUUCUUCUGUGAAUGCUUUGAUUAUAUGUAUGUGCUGCUAUGCCCAGCAUAAAAUUUUAAGGCUUUAAAAAAAAAAUAAGAACAAAAACUUAUGGAGCUCUUUUUGGCUGCUGUCUUCAUGGUCUAAAUGCUCCAUCACAUGUUGAACAAAUGAAAGAUUUGGUUUUACAGCACAGUGAAAGGAUGCCAAAUCUGUCAAGAUCUAGAAGAAUGCGGGUCAUGAGAAGUUCAAAGUUCACUGCAGCAGAAACCUGUACCUUUAUCAUCACAGACAAGCAGAAGUCAGGGAAGCUGAAUCAGAUAAUGAAGGAGCUGAAAUAAAACACAUCCUCAUUUGGAGUGUAUUAAAAUUCUACAAUGUAAAAAGAAAAAUUUGUUCAUAUAACUUGAGUAUUAAUUGGAAGUAAUAAGUUAUUUAAAAAAUUAUUUUGAAUUGUGUUUAGUUGUGUACAAAUAAGCAGGAUGGUCAUCUCCAGUCAGCUUAAAUUGGCCUCCAACCUGGGACACUUGUGGUUGACAUAAAUGAAAGUUAAUAGUUAAUACUCAAAACUAGUGGACAGGCUUGAAACACAUCUUAAAUGUAAUUAUGUUCUAUUUUACAUAUUUUGUUUUAGAAAUCUGAAUUGAGGGCACUCAGAAUAAGUACAGAAAAUUUGUUACAUGUAUGACAAAUACAUUGGGGGACUAAAGAGGUAGGGUGCAUGUCCUUUUAUGGUUUAGUUCUGAUUGCAAUUUCAGACAUAAGUAUUAAGAUACUGAGGUCAUAGAAGUUAACUUGAUAUUAUUGUGGGCAGCUAUCUGACAACCAGUUUAAGGUUGUACAUACUUAUUUUAGACCAUAAUUUCAUGUAGUCAAUAGUUACUUGACCCUCCUGACCAUGAGUAGGUCAUGGUUGUCAGAAGUGCUUUUUUUAUUUAACCUCUAGAUAGGAAACAGCAAAGAAGUGGCUGAAUAUCAGGUUUAUUCUUUAAUGAUGUAUAACAGUGACAUACAUUUAAAAUGAAAACCCUUCCUGAAGUUUAUAUCACCUCUAAAUUAUUGCCAUAAUCUGAGACCCAAGCAUCCAACACAAGCCUUUGGACAACAUUUCAGAUUCAAAUCAGAAUAUACAGUUUUCAUAUUAAACAACUACCCCAUUCAUAUUUUGUUAAGUAUAUCUUGUUCAUAUAGAGUUGUAUGGAUAUUUUUUAUAAAACUUUCGAUUGAAACUGAAGCGCUAUCCACUGUCCCAAGAAGGUGACUGAUAAUGUUUUUACAAUGUAUAACCAACAUAGAACCUAGUGUUGUAUCUAAUAUCAGCAAUUAAUGUUGAAAUGUAGAAAUCUGAUACAUAACUGUUUAUAGUUAACAUCCAAAUUAAAGCACUUUUGGUCAA